GUCUCUUAGACAAAAAGUGAUUAAAAAGAAAAUAAGAAAUAGAAAAGGAGGAAGAGACGUCGCUUGUUCAAGCUCCACAAGAGACGUUGCUUAGAGACAGGUGUCGACGAAAUCAUCAUCUCGUCUCUCUCUUUCUCUCUCGAUUGAUCACAGCUUCUCCGCGUCGUCUCCCUCCGAGCUUCUUCAUAAGCUCGGCGCUGCCAAAGAUGACAAGGUUUUAAAGGUUUUUCUGAAGUCUCAUUCAAUACACAGUUACAGUUACAGUUCCAUCUCCUCUCCAUUCUAUUCUUCUACGAUCCAAACUCGGUGUCACAAUAUUGGAUUAAGAAAAACAGCCAUGGCAAGUCUUUUAAUGACCACACCAUUCGCAGGUUCUCUCACUCAAUGCAAGAAAACAAAAAACCUCUCCCUCCAGAGAGCCUUUAAGGUAACCUCUAUGCAGACACCGUUGGAGGAGCUAUACAACGUUAAAGUGGAACCGAAAGUGUCACAGAGACGGUUAGAUGAGCUCGGGGUUUCCAGAUGGUCGGUUUGGAAGACGGGGAAGUGCAAACUGCCUUGGGACUGGCAGGUGGAUCAGUUGGUUUACAUAGAAGAAGGAGAGGUUCGUGUUGUUCCCGCAGGAAGCAAGAAGUUUAUGCAGUUGUUAGCAAACAAAAAGAGUUAUAGCGUUCAUCAGUUUGACUGGCUGACAAGAGAGAAUGAUCCUGUUCUCGAAGCUGUAGGAGACCCAUGACGGUAUCAGAAACUAUUACCAUGGGAAUCAUGAUAGCGCUGGUGCAAACCUCAGUGAAACAACUCCAAGAAAAUUCGCUUCGAAGUUGCAGUCAAGAAGUCCCAAAUACAUAUCUUUGCUCAACCAUCUUAGAAUAUAUCUACCAGAGGUACAAUCUAUCUGUAUCAUUUUAUAUCAAUCAUUCAGAUUUGAGAAUGUGAAUGUGAAACUUGUUUGUUUGGCCAUUAAAAAAAUUUAGUGUUUAAUAAAUUUUUUUUUUUUUAAGAACCUUUAA